CGCGGCGCCUGCUGACCCGGCCCGUCCGUCCGCCCGUCGGUCCGCAGCGCGGCUGAGGAAACUUGAACAUAACUUCAAAAGAAGAUUUGAUUCUUUCUUUCUGGACUGCAUAUAUAUACAUAUAUAUAUAGCAAGACCAUCAGAAUGUCGGGAGCCUCAGUGAAGGUGGCUGUGCGGGUUCGGCCCUUCAAUUCUCGGGAGACCAGCAAAGAGUCCAAGUGCAUCAUUCAGAUGCAAGGCAACUCGACCAGUAUUAUUAACCCAAAGAACCCAAAGGAAGCUCCAAAGUCCUUUAGUUUCGACUACUCCUACUGGUCUCACACCUCGCCUGAAGAUCCCUGUUUUGCAUCUCAAAACCGUGUGUACAAUGACAUUGGAAAGGAAAUGCUCUUACAUGCCUUUGAGGGAUAUAAUGUCUGUAUUUUUGCCUAUGGGCAGACUGGUGCUGGGAAAUCUUAUACAAUGAUGGGUAAACAAGAAGAAAGCCAGGCUGGCAUCAUUCCACAGUUAUGUGAAGAACUAUUUGAGAAAAUCAAUGACAACUGUAAUGAAGAAAUGUCUUAUUCUGUAGAGGUGAGCUACAUGGAAAUUUACUGUGAAAGAGUACGAGACCUGCUGAAUCCAAAAAACAAGGGUCAUUUGCGUGUGCGCGAACACCCACUUCUUGGCCCUUAUGUGGAGGAUCUGUCCAAGCUGGCAGUCACUUCCUACACAGACAUUGCUGACCUCAUGGAUGCUGGGAACAAAGCCAGGACGGUGGCGGCUACCAACAUGAAUGAAACAAGUAGCCGUUCCCAUGCUGUGUUUACCAUUGUUUUCACCCAGAAGAAACAUGAUACUGAGACCAACCUUUCCACUGAGAAGGUCAGUAAAAUCAGCUUGGUGGAUCUGGCGGGCAGCGAGCGAGCCGACUCAACUGGCGCCAAAGGGACGCGAUUGAAGGAAGGAGCGAAUAUUAAUAAGUCUCUCACAACUCUGGGCAAAGUCAUUUCAGCCUUGGCAGAGGUGAGUAAGAAGAAGAAGAAGACUGAUUUUAUUCCUUACAGGGAUUCUGUACUUACUUGGCUCCUUCGAGAAAAUCUAGGUGGCAAUUCUCGAACUGCAAUGGUUGCUGCUCUGAGCCCAGCAGAUAUCAACUAUGACGAAACUUUGAGCACUCUGAGAUAUGCAGACCGUGCAAAACAAAUUAAGUGCAACGCUGUUAUCAAUGAGGACCCCAAUGCCAAACUGGUCCGCGAAUUGAAGGAGGAGGUGACGCGGCUGAAGGACCUUCUCCGUGCUCAGGGCCUGGGAGAUAUUAUUGAUACAUCCAUGGGGUCUCUUACUUCAUCUCCAUCUUCCUGCUCACUCAAUAGUCAGGUGGGCUUACCAUCUGUCACCAGUAUUCAGGAGAGGAUCAUGUCUACACCUGGAGGAGAGGAAGCCAUUGAACGUCUAAAGGAAUCGGAGAAGAUCAUUGCUGAGCUGAAUGAGACCUGGGAAGAGAAGCUGCGUAAAACAGAAGCCAUCAGAAUGGAGAGGGAGGCCUUAUUGGCUGAGAUGGGAGUGGCCAUUCGGGAAGAUGGAGGAACACUGGGAGUUUUUUCACCUAAGAAGACCCCGCAUCUUGUUAACCUCAAUGAGGACCCACUAAUGUCCGAAUGCCUGCUUUAUUACAUCAAAGAUGGAAUUACAAGGGUUGGCCAAGCAGAUGCUGAGCGGCGCCAGGACAUCGUGCUGAGUGGGGCUCACAUUCAGGAAGAGCAUUGUAUCUUCCGGAGCGAGAGGAACAACAGUGGGGAUGUUAUUGUGACCCUAGAGCCCUGUGAACGCUCAGAAACCUAUGUCAAUGGCAAGAGGGUGGCCCAGCCUGUUCAGCUACGCUCAGGAAACCGUAUCAUCAUGGGUAAAAACCAUGUGUUUCGUUUCAACCACCCGGAGCAAGCACGGGCAGAGCGGGAGAAGACUCCUUCUGCUGAGACCCCCUCUGAGCCUGUGGACUGGACGUUUGCCCAGAGAGAACUUCUGGAAAAACAAGGGAUUGAUAUGAAGCAGGAGAUGGAGAAAAGACUACAGGAGAUGGAGAUCCUAUACAAAAAGGAGAAAGAAGAAGCAGAUCUUCUCUUGGAGCAGCAGAGACUGGACUAUGAGAGUAAGUUGCAGGCCUUGCAGAAGCAGGUUGAGACCCGCUCCCUCGCUGCAGAGACAACAGAAGAGGAGGAAGAAGAGGAAGAAGCUGCUUGGACACAGCAUGAAUUUGAGCUGGCCCAGUGGGCCUUCCGGAAGUGGAAGUCUCACCAGUUUACUUCAUUAAGGGACUUACUCUGGGGCAAUGCUGUUUACCUGAAGGAGGCCAACGCCAUCAGUGUGGAACUGAAGAAGAAGGUGCAGUUCCAGUUUGUCCUGCUGACAGACACAUUGUACUCCCCUUUGCCUCCGGAAUUACUUCCCACUGAGAUGGAGAAAACUCAUGAAGACAGGCCUUUCCCUCGUACUGUGGUGGCCGUAGAGGUCCAGGAUCUGAAGAAUGGAGCAACGCAUUAUUGGUCUUUGGAGAAACUCAAGCAGAGGCUGGAUUUGAUGCGCGAGAUGUAUGACAGGGCAGGUGAGGUGGCCUCCGGCACCCAGGACGAAAGCGAAGCCACCGUGACCGGCAGUGAUCCCUUUUAUGAUCGGUUCCAUUGGUUCAAACUGGUCGGAAGCUCCCCCAUUUUCCACGGCUGUGUGAAUGAGCGCCUUGCUGACCGCACACCCUCCCCCACUUUUUCCACGGCCGAUUCCGACAUCACUGAGCUGGCUGACGAGCAGCAAGAUGAAAUGGAGGAUUUUGAUGAUGAGGCAUUCGUGGAUGACACCGGCUCUGACGCAGGGACGGAGGAGGGAUCAGAUCUCUUCAGUGACGGGCAUGACCCGUUUUACGACCGAUCCCCAUGGUUCAUUUUAGUGGGAAGGGCAUUUGUUUACCUGAGCAACCUGCUGUACCCGGUGCCCCUGAUUCACAGGGUAGCCAUCGUCAGCGAGAAAGGUGAAGUGCGGGGGUUUCUGCGUGUGGCCGUGCAGGCCAUUGCAGCGGAUGAAGAAGCUCCUGAUUAUGGUUCUGGGAUUCGACAGUCAGGAACAGCUAAAAUAUCUUUUGAUAACGAGUACUUUAAUCAGAAUGACUUUUCUUCAGUUGCAAUGACUCGUUCUGGUCUGUCCUUGGAGGAACUGAGGAUUGUGGAAGGACAGGGUCAGAGUUCUGAGGUCACCACUCCUCCAGAAGAAAUCAAUCGAAUGAAUGACUUGGAUUUGAAGUCAGGCACUUUGCUGGAUGGUAAGAUGGUCAUGGAAGGGUUUUCUGAAGAGAUCGGCCACCACCUGAAACUGGGCAGCGCCUUCACUUUCCGAGUAACUGUGCUGCAGGCCAGCGGGAUCCUCCCGGAGUAUGCGGAUAUCUUCUGUCAGUUCAACUUUUUGCAUCGUCAUGAUGAAGCAUUCUCCACUGAACCCCUCAAAAACAACGGCAGAGGAAGUCCUCUGGGCUUCUAUCACGUGCAGAACAUUGCGGUGGAGGUCACCGAAUCGUUUGUGGAAUAUAUCAAAACCAAGCCGAUAGUAUUUGAAGUCUUCGGGCAUUAUCAGCAGCACCCGCUUCAUCUGCAAGGACAGGAGCUGAACAGCCCACCUCAGCCAUCUCGCCGCUUCUUCCCUCCACCCAUGCCACUCUCCAAGCCAGUUCCAGCCACCAAGUUAAACACCAUGAGCAAAACCAGCCUUGGCCAGAGCAUGAGCAAGUACGAUCUUCUGGUUUGGUUUGAGAUCAGCGAACUGGAGCCUACAGGAGAGUACAUCCCAGCUGUGGUCGACCACACAGCGGGCUUGCCCUGCCAGGGGACGUUUCUGCUUCAUCAGGGCAUCCAGCGAAGGGUCACAGUGACCAUCAUCCACGAGAAGGGGAGUGAACUCCAUUGGAAGGAUGUUCGUGAGCUGGUGGUAGGCCGGAUCAGGAAUAAGGCUGAGGUGGAUGAGGCUGCGGUGGAUGCCAUCCUCUCUCUAAAUAUUAUCUCUGCCAAGUACCUGAAGUCCUCCCACAACUCCAGCAGGACCUUCUACCGUUUCGAGGCCGUGUGGGACAGCUCCCUCCAUAACUCUCUCCUCCUGAACCGAGUGACGCCCUAUGGGGAAAAGAUCUACAUGACCUUGUCAGCAUACCUAGAGCUGGAUCACUGCAUCCAGCCGGCAGUCAUCACCAAGGACGUGUGCAUGGUCUUCUACUCCCGGGACGCCAAGAUCUCGCCGCCACGCUCUCUGCGCAGCCUCUUCGGCAGUGGCUACUCGAAGUCACCAGACUCCAAUCGAGUCACUGGAAUUUAUGAACUCAGUUUAUGCAAAAUGGCGGACACGGGCAGUCCAGGCAUGCAGAGGAGAAGAAGAAAAAUCUUGGAUACAUCAGUGGCAUAUGUGCGAGGAGAAGAGAACUUAGCAGGCUGGCGGCCCCGUGGGGACAGUCUCAUUCUUGAGCACCAGUGGGAGUUAGAGAAGCUGGAGCUCCUUCACGAGGUGGAGAAAACUCGCCACUUCCUGCUGCUGCGUGAGAGACUUGGUGACAGCAUCCCCAGAUCCCUGAGUGACUCGUUGUCCCCCAGCCUCAGCAGCGGGACCCUCAGCACCUCCACCAGCAUCUCCUCUCAGAUCUCUACCACCACCUUUGAAAGCGCCAUCACCCCCAGCGAGAGCAGCGGCUACGACUCGGCGGACAUUGAAAGCCUGGUGGACCGAGAGAAGGAGCUGGCUACCAAGUGCCUGCAACUCCUCACCCACACUUUCAACCGGGAGCUCAGCCAGGUGCACGGCAGCAUCAGUGACUGCAAGUUGUCUGAUAUCUCUCCUAUCGGACGGGAUCCCUCCGUGUCCAGUUUCAGCAGCGCGACCCUCACUCCUUCCUCCACCUGCCCUUCUCUGGUAGAUGCCAGAAGCAACUCUCUGGAGCAGAAGACCCCAGAAGCCAAUUCCCGGGCCUCUAGUCCCUGCACAGAAUUUGAACAGUUUCAGAUUGUCCCAACUGUGGAAACACCCUAUUUGGCCCGAGCAGGAAAAAAUGAAUUUCUCAAUCUUGUUCCAGAUAUUGAGGAAAUCAGACCAGGCUCCGUGGUCUCUAAGAAAGGGUACCUGCACUUCAAGGAGCCACUUUACAGCAACUGGGCUAAGCAUUUUGUCGUGGUCCGUCGGCCUUAUGUCUUCAUCUACAACAGCGACAAAGACCCCGUGGAGCGUGGUGUCAUUAACCUGUCCACGGCUCAGGUGGAGUGCAGCGAGGACCAGCAGGCCAUGGUGAAGACACCCAACAUCUUUGCCGUGUGCACAAAGCAUCGUGGGGUCCUCUUACAGGCUCUCAACGACAAAGACAUGAACGACUGGUUGUAUGCCUUUAACCCACUCCUCGCUGGCACGAUACGGUCAAAACUCUCCCGCAGAUGCCCCAGCGAACUGAAGGACUAAGUGACUGUGCUGAGCAGCCUCACUCGCCUGUGAGAGAUAAAGAAAGUGUUGCCUCUCACUUCUCUCUGUGAUUCUUGAUGGCCCCUCUCGUGUGUAAGCCUGUGGAAUAACCGCUUUCCCUCCUGUCAACACUCUCUAGCUCUCCGCGCCCCCCGUCUCCAUUGCUCUGUACCCUUCUCUUUUUUCUUGUGCUGAGAAUCUUGGUCGUAGCAUGUGGCCUAACAAAAGGGAGAAAAACAAACAAAAAAAACAAAAAUAACCCAGAGGGGAUCCAGUGAAUCUCCAAAUUAUUUUUUUGUGUCUUUUGGCUUCCUUUUGUAUAAUAGGUCCCCAUUAUGACCACCUGUGAUGUCUGUACUGCUGUCUUUGGAUAUCUUUGUCUGGUUUUUAAGACCACAUAAUACUUCUUUUCCUUUUCUCUAUUUGUGAUGUCACUUUAAUUUUGGGUGGGGGGGGUGGCUUAGAGACUACGGGAGGAAACAUCUAGCUUUUUUUAGAACCUAAAAGGAAAAAACUUACCUUUUCCCUUUCCAUCUCUUUUUGCCAUUGUGAAUCCCUGCAUUUUCCUUUCAGGGAGAAGGUUGUCAUGAGUUUAGAAACGGCACAGGUGUGUUCUCUGAAAGUGCUUAUUUAGAAUGCAGUUAUGCAGUUUUCUUUUAGUGGAAGAGAGAAGGCAGGACUUCUUAGUGGGCCUGGAAUGGUGGCUACUGCUGACCUUGUAGGAAGGGAAGAGCCCAGGAUAUUACCCGUGGAUUUGAGAGGACUGUGGGAUCUGACGUCAUAUCAUGAAGGGAGGCAGACAGUGAGAUGAGGAUAGCUCCUCCCAGCAGGCACUCCUGUGAACCGCUUCUCUCUCAGAGGUUCUCAUUUUUCUUUUUGGCAUUAGCGGUGGCGGUACGGUUUGGAAUUAGUGCGGUGUCAUACACAAAUGUCCCACAAGGGGGAGUGACUUUCUGCUAAUGAAUUUAAUGGUCAUUGUGUCAUUAUAAUUCUGGUAAUGCUGAGUAGUGACCUUGUGAUUGUUGUAGCUCCUUUUGAUCAAAGAAAUGUAACUUUCAAGUACAGACUUGGAAGUCUCCCUCUGAAUCCAGGGGUCGUCUCCAGUGGUCCUUGUCAGAUGGAAAAUGCUUUCAGUAAUGCGUCUCCUCCCAUAAUCAGAAAUAAGCAGACUCGGCAGGCUUUGUCUCCUGGAUCAAGAGAUUAAAACAAAUCCCCUCCCACCACUGAAAAAAAAAAAAAGAAAAAACAAAAGGACACCUGGGGGCAGAGCAGAGGCACACCUGAGCCCUGGCCCCAGUGGCUGGCUGCUGCCCCCACCUUGCCUUCAUGGGAUGUGGAAAUACUGCCAGAGGAAGAAAGAGGGAGCUCGCUGCUGACAGUCUCCUUCUCUGACAGAACAGGGUCAUCUGCCUGCAGACGCCAUCAUGGAAGAAGAUGAGAUACUCUUCUUUCUUUCAGCUGCCAGGAAGUUUUAUAGGAACGGCCUGGGGAGGGAAGGCCUGCAGGUUCAUUCAGUUGCUUUGCCGGUUGAUGUGGGGUGUUCUGUACCAUCCUUACGCCCCUCACACACACCUCUGUUGGCCGUCCCUCAGGCAUUCAGCGAAGUAUCUGCCCUCUCUCACCUCGUGGAGACUGAGGGUCUCCAGCCUUGAAGUUGCUGCCUUUCCAGUGGUGCGGACCAGCUGAUUUUCUGCUUCAGGCAGCUCGGGGCAGGGGCUCGUGCCCGCUGUGGAAUAGAGCUGGGCAGGCGCGCGUCAGCGGACCCUUGCUUCUGACCUCCUGGUUGGGCUCAUCUCUGAGAACAGGUCUUCUGGCUCCGGUAGAGCUGCCUUGCAGAGAGGAGGAAAAGUGAAUCAUGGCAAGCUUGAGAGAAAGGAUAGAAAUCCCAGGCUGUGAUCUUAGCUGAAAAGUGAUCAAUAAAAACUCUAGGUUUUUUUUAACUUCCUUUCUCUCCUUAAAACAUAGGUCAUUAACUAUGAUGUUACUUGUUUUCUAAGCAGUGUGUGAGAUUUUUAAUGUAGUUAAAGGUUCCUUCGUUGUCUAAUGGGCCCAGUAUGCCCUUCUGUGCCCUUCUGGUGUAGACUCAAAUCCAGGACCUGUUGGUGUUUAGAGACCGCUGCUGGACCGGAAUGAAAUCUAAUUUCAGGGAAAUGAAGAUGAAAUUCGAAGGUCACAUUUUAAAAUAAAGUCACGGGUGCCGCUGCUGUUUGUCAUGAAGUCUGACAGAGGGACCCAUGUCCACGGCAGAGGGAGGUGGGGAGGGCUGAGGGGGGAGUCAAAUCAUGUGAUACACUGAAGUGACGUUUGGUUUUUCUUCUAACUCAAAACUGGCUUGGAAAGUCUUUGCUUUGGAGGUAUCAGAGAUUAGAGCUGGUGGCACUGGACUGUUCGUGUAACACCCCUGGGUGAGAGGGCCCCUGAGGAAGCAGGAUGUCCACGUCCGGCAGGGGUCUCUGGCGCCGGUGCUUUCCACCAUCUGAGGACGGUCCUUAUUGGUUCCCCUUUUCCUUCAGCGGCCCAUGUCCAGAUUGCAGUUGGAACGGUUUCAGGAUUAAUGUUCCAUUUCUAGGCAGAUCCAUCCCCACUUCAAAGCUGAGAGACCAUUUAUAGCAGAAACUACUUAUGAGGCUUUAACUGAAGCCAUGGUGGCAGGAAAGUUGCUAUUUAAUAUUAACAUAUUAAUAUUAGUAGUCAAGGAAACUACCUUU